AAAGACUCAACUUCCAAAAUGAUGCGGAUAUUGUUUGUGGUUUUGGUAUUUGGAGGAUAUAGCUAUGCUCUAACAGAAGAAGAACUCAAGGCAGAAUUCACAAAGUUGGUGAUGAAAUGUCUCAAAGACCACCCAGUGGACAUGACUGAGCUGACCGCCCUUCAGAAGCUGGUGAUUCCCAAGAAGCCCGAAGUCAAAUGUCUUCUGGCCUGCGCGUAUAAACUGGAUGGAAUUAUGAACGACAAAGGUCUCUAUAAUAUUGAACACGCUUACAAAGUGGCUGAGCUUGCCAAGAAUGGCGACGAGAAGAGACUUGAGAACGGAAAGAAGAUGGCCGACGUGUGUGUCAAAGUCAACGAUGUUGAGGUCAGCGACGGAGAGAAGGGUUGCGAAAGGGCAGGGCUUAUGUUCAAGUGUGCAGUAGAAAAUGCGCCAAAGGCACUGACCGAGGAAGAGAUUAAGGCAAACUUCAUCAAGCUGAUAGUGCAGUGUAUGAAGGAUAACCCGGUGGAGAUGAUAGAGCUGGUCAACCUGAAGCAGCUGAUCGUCCCCAACAAACCUGAAGUCAAGUGUCUGCUGGCUUGCGCUUAUAAGAUGGACGGCCUGAUGACUGACAAAGGUCUCUACAAUUUAGAGCACGCUUACAAAGUGGCUGAGCUCACAAAGAAUGGCGACGAUAAGAGACUGGAAAACGCAAAGAAGAUGGCGGACGUGUGUGUCAAAGUAAACGACGAAGAGGUCAGUGAUGGAGAAAAAGGCUGUGAAAGAGCUAGACUGAUCUUCAAAUGUGCUGUAGAAAAUGCACCUAAGUUUGGCUUUAAAAUAAAAUGAAGAAGACCGAAUACAUCACAAUAAUAAUUUAGGUAAUGUUCCACAUAAUAUUAUUUAAGAAGUUAU